AUGAUACGUAAGCUUAGGCCUAUGUCGAAGCCUUUGGUAUAUCCGGCCUUGGCGCUGUCACAAGCAACUCUCGCACUCCUCUUCAUCUCUCGUGUACAUACUUUGCCACUUCGCCGCUGGGAAUACUUUCUCCCUGGCUCGAUAAAGCGGGAUGGUGACAACGUCAGUUACUGUUCAUCGAACGGCGUUACGGCAAUCUUAAGGGUAGUUCAUCACAGAUAA